AUGAUCUUAUUCUCUUUUAUUUCAGAUUCUGAUGUAAGAACUGGUGACAAGAAGGUGACUGGAGCCGGAAUUUCCGAGGAUGGAAAUCCACAUAAGACAAUGUCAGAAACACUCACAGUGAUGGAGCCCCCCGCUCCUGAGUCUGGAGGGGCCCCUGAACCCAGAUUAGGGGGGCUGUUGGGAAACCUGGAAGGGGAGAGCCUGCGGAGUUCCCUGUCUCAGGAGAGAGGUUUCAAGCAGGUGAGAGUUACCCACUGGAAGAUCCAAACAGGAGAGGCAGCCCAGGUGGGUAGUGAAUCAGAAGGAAGCUCGGUUCUGAGCUCAAACCUUCUCAUACUUCAGAGACAACUUAUAGAAGGGGAAUCCCACCCAUGUGAGACUUGUGGCAAAAGCUUCUCAUUUAAUUCAGACCUAGUUAGUCAUCAGAUUUCUCAUACUGGGGAGAAACUUUACAAAUGUGAUCAGUGUGGGAAGGGCUUCAGUCAGAGCGCCCACCUUGCUGAGCACCAUAGAGUUCACACUGGAGGAAGACUCUAUGUGUGUAAUGCGUGUGGGAAAGACUUCAUUCAUUAUGCAGAUCUCAUUGAGCAUCAGAGAACACAUGCAGGAGAAAAGCCAUUCAAGUGUGCUCAGUGCGGGAAAGUGUUCUGUCACAGCUCAGAUCUGAUUCGACACCAGCGAGUUCAUACCCGGGAGAGACCUUUUGAAUGCAAAGAAUGUGGGAAAGGCUUCAGCCAGAGUUCGUUACUCAUUCGACACCAGAGAAUUCACACGGGAGAAAGACCCUACGAAUGUAAUGAAUGCGGAAAAUCCUUCAUUAGGAGCUCAAGCCUUAUUCGACAUUAUCAGAUUCACACAGAAGUAAAACAGUAUGAAUGCAAGGAAUGUGGGAAGGCCUUCCGUCAUCGCUCAGACCUCAUCGAACAUCAGAGAAUUCACACUGGAGAGAGGCCCUUUGAAUGUAACGAAUGUGGGAAAGCCUUUAUUCGGAGCUCAAAGCUUAUCCAGCAUCAGAGGAUCCACACUGGAGAGAGGCCUUAUGUUUGCAACGAGUGCGGGAAGCGUUUCAGCCAGACAUCAAACUUUACUCAGCAUCAGAGAAUUCACACUGGAGAGAAACUCUAUGAAUGUAAUGAAUGCGGGAAAGCUUUCUUUCUGAGUUCAUACCUUAUUCGACACCAGAAAAUUCACACUGGAGAGAGGGUAUAUGAAUGUAAGGAAUGUGGGAAAGCUUUUCUCCAGAAAGCCCAUCUCACUGAACAUCAGAAAAUCCACACUGGGGACAGGCCCUUUGAAUGUAAGGACUGUGGGAAAGCUUUCAUUCAGAGUUCCAAGCUUCUUCUACAUCAGAUCAUUCAUACUGGAGAAAAGCCCUAUGUAUGUAGUUACUGUGGGAAAGGCUUUAUUCAGAGGUCAAACUUCCUUCAACACCAGAAAAUUCAUACUGAAGAGAAACUCUAUGAAUGUCAGUAUGGGAAAGAUUUCAGCUCAACCCCAAGCUUUAAAAAUAACCAAGGUGCUCACCAAGAGGUCCUUCCCUUGAGUAAGACCCCCAUACAUCUGGGUGAGAAGUCUGUAGGGCAGGGGGGACAUACAGGUAACUUAUAAACUAAUCAUCCUCCAGCUCAGUAAGUGAUAUUUGGAAGUGUGUCAUGAGUCUUCAUUCGUGUGACGUUGGAUGUGUCGACAUUUGCCAGAGUCACAGAUGGGGCUGCAUUAGGAGUGGGCUGCCACCCACUGCUUUGCAGUGGUGCUGGACUGCUGGCCACCUCCUCAGCGAGGAAUGCACGUCCUCAGGAGAGCCACGUGACUGGACAGCUGACUGAGCUGGAACAGUUCAGGGGGAGGAGCUAGUUCUCAAGGUUUCUAUAUUUUACUGCACCAUUACAGUUCACCCGUGAGUUAAAUCCCUUUUAAAGGAGAACUGUGUAUUCAGUCUUACUACUUAAAAGAGUAUUGUGUAGCAAAUUUUGAUCUAUUGAAAAGGCAAGUUGGAAAAAGAAACUUUCUUCUUUAAAAUGACAUUUGGUUCCUGGUGGUCCUCAUGAUGCACUCUAAGCUCCCUCUCCUGUGUCCUAGGUCUUUUCCUUUCUGGAGCCUCAUCUCCCAUCGCUUAACUCCCUGCCCCAAAGCUGGCACUGCAGCCUCAAUGACUGACGCCCCCAUGUGUCCGAGCUGUGUCCCCUGGCCUUUGUCCCUGCUCGUCUGCUUAACUUCUCAUCACGAGUCAAGAUCUGUUUCGGUCACCUCAGGCGCAUCCCCUCCCCAUGUGCUCCUGUCACUCAGUUCUCACCUCUAUUACUGCACUUAACUUUGAUUAUCAGAGUUAUGUUUUUAAACACUUUCUCUUUCAUUAUUACACUGUUAAUUCCUUAAGGACAGUGAUCAUAUCUGAUUGAUUUAUGUGUCCCUGGCACCUAGCACAAGACAAUAAAAAGCACACCCCAAGUCUGUGUGUAACUGGCCCCUCUCUUUGUCCUUUCUGUACGGCUAUUCUUUAAACUUUUGGAUUUUGUUAUUGUUUUGUAAAGUAUAAUCUACUGGUCUGGAAAUACCUUCUCUCAGCCCUGUUGAUGUCUCCUGCUUGUACUCAAGCCAGAAGUUACAGGCGGUGGCCAGUAUGAGACCAGUGCCCUCUUAUUUACUACCUUUAGCUCUCACCCAUGACCAUGCACUUGCUGUGGGGGAGAUUGUCUUCCCUUAGUCGUCUGUGUAUCUUUCUAAUUCACUCAAGGGGCACACAAUCCCAGUGCACUAUACAACUUUUUUCUGUCUUUGUUCCAUGAUUGAACUCAAUUCUUUCCCUGCUCUCUGGCUCAUCUUGUCACUUAUUUGAAAUUGUAUUGAUCUGUAACGACCAGUGCUUAGUGCUGGGAAAACAGAGAUGAGGAAGACACCGUCCGCCCUGACAUCAUUCCAAGUCCAAUGGGGAGGACAAAGAUCACAGUACACUGAGCAAGGUGUUGAAGAAGUGUUCCCAGCUGUGUAGGAGCACAUCAGGAGGCGACUCAUGUAGCAUGGAGGAGCUGGGGCUUUGCACAGAAGGUGGCCUUUGACCUGGUCUACAGAGAGAAGUAGGCACUGUCCACUAGAGAGGAAGGGGUGGAAGGAGCCCGCAGGGAUGGGGGUGUGCAGCUCCUAGUAGAGCGGUGCAGAGCAGGAGAGUCUUACUACACAGGGGCAGCAUCUAAUGAGUUGUAGUUGUUGCCGCUGGAUUUCAUUUAUCUGAACAUUAACCAAAACAACCAGUUUGGAAAUUAUAUAAAACAAUUGGGGUUUUUUUGCCCAUGAAGGCAUAGAGUUAACAAAUUUCAGCAAACCUAGAAUCCUUGGGGGGUAAAUCAAAAAGGGCACACAGGACUCCGUCUGGAGAACUCGCCAUUCAAAGUGCUGUGGACGCAGGGAUCACCAAACCAUUACCUACUUUGUUGAGGUCCAAUUUCCAUGCAGUAAGCACCUAUUUUAAGUGUACAGAGUUUUGACAAAUCCAUACACAUGUGGAACCACCAUCAUAAUCAAGAAAAUGACAUUUCUAUGUCCCAAAAAUGUUCCCCGUUGCCGUUCUCAGUCAAUCCCACCCCCGCCUCAAGUAACCGCUUUCUGUGGGUGUAGAUUAGGUGUGCGUGUUCUAGGGCGUCAUAUAAAUGGGUGCAUAUAGUAAGUAACCUUGUGUGUCUUACUUUCACCCUGGCAUGCUUUAAAGACAACCAAGCGUAGUUACAUGUCUCAUAGCUCUUUCUCUGCCCAGUUGUCUUCCAGUGUAUGGACAAACCAUCAUUUCUUACUCAUCUGUUGGUAGAAAUUUGAGUUUCCAGUUGAGCUCUUAUGAAUAAAACUGCUAUGAGCAUCUGUGUAAAAUGA